AUGGGAUGUAACAUGUGUGUGGUGGAGAAGCCUGAGGAACAAUAUAGGGUCAUGCUGCAGGUCAAUGGCCGGGAGUUGUCGCGCCUCUCACAGGAGCAAACCCUUGAAGCCCUGCGGUGCUCCAAAGAGCCUCUGGUCAUCCAGGUGUUGCGGCGCAGCCCCCGCAGCCGGGGUGGUGCCAGCGAAGGAGCUGCCCCCCAGGGGGACCCCACAACAUUGGUGGACAGUGGAACGCAGACAGACAUCACCUUUGAACACCUACUGGGGCUAGGCAGGAUGCAUCCCCCAAGCCCCCCAGCUGUGACUUUGGAACCUUAUGGGCUGCCUGAUCUCCCCUCAAUUGGGCACGAAUAUUAUGACCCUGUGGAAUUCAUGGAAGGAGGUGCCCCAGAGACUGAGCGGGCAGAGGAGCUGGAAUAUGAGGAGGUGGAGUUGUACAAAUCCAGUCACCGGGACAAGCUGGGCCUGAUGGUUUGUUACCGAACCGAUGAUGAGGACGAUGUAGGCAUCUACGUUGGAGAGGUAAAUCCUAACAGCAUUGCUGCCAAGGAUGGGCGAAUCCGGGAAGGAGAUCGCAUAAUCCAGAUAAAUGGCAUGGAGGUACAAAACCGGGAGGAGGCUGUAGCAAUUCUCACCCAGGAGGAGCGGACAAAUAUUUCUCUGCUGCUGGCUAGGCCUGAGACUGAGUUGUCCAAGCGUUGGAAGGACAGUGACCGCGAGGAUUUCCUGGAUGACUUUGGCUCUGAACAUGAAGCCGGAACAAAGGCCCGGCGGCUCCUUUCUCCACCAGACCAGCAGGUAGGUGGUCUAGAAGGGGAAGGCAUCCCAGACCCGGCCACUCCUCUGACCAACAGCCAGGAGCUGGACAGUGGUGUUGGCCGCACUGAUGAAAGCACUCGCAACGAGGAGAGCUCUGAGCAUGACCUCCUGGGAGACGAAGCACCCAGCGCUGCCAACACCCCGGGAACCCUGCGCAAAUUUGGGCCUAGCCUGCAGCCGCGCGACUUCCACUACAGUAUGGACUCUCUGCUGGCAGGGGAGCCACCCAGCGCCGUGGGCACCGACAUGAUGCCGGGGCUCACUGACGAAGAGUACGAGCGCUACCGCGAGCUGCUGGAGCUAAAGUGCCACCUGGAGAACGGCAACGAGCCGGGCCUGGUGAGCGCUGCGCUGGACGUCAACCGCAACGAGGUGGCCCUUCUGGAGGAGGAGCUCCGCCACCUGGAGUUCAAGUGCCGCAACAUCCUGCGAGCCCAGAAGAUGCAGCAGCUGCGCGAGCGCUGCAUGAAGGCCUGGCUGCUGGAGGAGGAAGGGCUGUAUACCUUGGAAGGGGAACCGAAGAAACACGAGUUGUCCGACAUCACCGAGCUGCCAGAACGCUCCGAUAAGGACAGCACCAGUGCCUACAACACCGGGGAGAGUUGCCGAAGCACCCCCUUGCUGGAGAGCCCCCUUCGCCGCCUGGCAGAGCCCCCCAACCUCAACCGGACUGCCCCGCCUUCGCCGCCCCAGCCCAAAUUCCGGCGUGAAGAGCGGGUGCGGCGCAGCCCCAAGGCAGCCGGGGAAGGCAGCCCCUACUUGGGGCGGCGGCAGCGGGAGGAGCCGCCCACUCCUAUCAGCCCAAUGAGCCUGGCCAGCAUAUGCAAGGACUCUCUGGGGGGCAAAGGAGAGCCCCGCAUGGAGUGGAAAGUGAAGGUGCGCAGCGAUGGCACGCGCUAUGUGGCCAAGAGGCCAGUGAGGGACCGGCUGCUCAAAGCCAGGGCCAUGAAGAUCCGCGAGGAGCGCAGCGGCAUGACGACGGACGACGACGCCGUCAGUGAGAUGAAGAUGGGGCGGUACUGGAGCAAGGAGGAGCGGAAGCAGCACCUGAUCCGCGCCCGGGAGCAGCGGAAGCGCCGCGAGUUCAUGAUGCAGAGCCGGCUGGACUGCUUGAGGGAGCGAGAAGGCAGCGAAGCCCGGGGAGUGUCUGGCGAGGUCAACAUCCUGGCCCUGAGUCACCGCAAAACCAUGAAGAAACGGAGCCGGCGCAUCCUGGACAACUGGAUAACCAUCCAAGAGAUGCUGGCACAUGGCACUCGCUCAGCAGACGGGCGCAGGGUUUACAACCCACUGCUGUCUGUCACCACGGUUUGAGAGCAUUGGAAGGAGCAACAGAAGGAGUUGUGAUGAUGUUCUCCUUCCCUCCGGCUUUGCCGGAGAACGACGACUGGAUGGGCCGAUCCUUUCCUGUUAUCAGGAAGCUUGCUCUUUGAACACACCAAGGAAUCGUUGGCCGUUUGCUGCCGGAGCUCCAUUGGGCUCUUUGAACCAAAUUUAGAGGGGGACAGUAAGCCCAGAGUCCCUUGCAGCCUUAAGAGGGCAAGAGGGGCCACAGCCCCGAUCCUGCAUCCACCAGGAGCUUGCUACAGAGAGGUCUGUCCCCAUCCCAAUGCACAGAUUACCUGUAUUGAAGGUGUUCUGCAGGGAAGCUCACUCACCUGACCCUGACAGAGAGUUUUUGCCAGCUUAUCCCCGGCACAUCACAUUUGGAAGCACAAGGUUUCAGCUGGGUUCCUCUCUGUGCAGUAUGCGGAGCACAAGGAAAGUGAGGAGGCUCACCCCUUCCGUACAGGCCAAGACCAAUGAAGGCACUCCUCACCCCCUCCCCUUGGGAUAUUGUGACAUCUUUCUUUCUUCUUUUUCUUUCUCUCUCUCUCUCUCUUUUCUCUUUUGUGGUCGUGGAUCUCAAUUCCCUUUUCAUUUCUCUAUUUAAGUGGAAGCUUGGGCCCUGGCGGCUCAUCUCACAAGCAACUUGACAGUCCUCUUUCUGCAUUUUCUGUCACCUGCUUACCCCACCCCACCUGCCCCAUGGAUAGGGGCUCUAGUUUAGUGGGGGGAGGGGGGGAAGAGACUGUGGAGCAGAGAGCUUGUGGUAAAACCCUGUAUCCAAGGCUGAACUUGCAU